CUACAAUAUCAGAGUAUAAUAAUUAAUAAUUCAAGAAGUGGCAAAAUCGCAAAUAAAUAUUAUUUUCCUAGUUUAAAAUCGUACGAGAACGUCGCUUAAAACCUUCAACAUUUUUUACCUGCCAGGUAUUUAGUUUAGUAAGCUAGAAAUAUAUCAGCUGUCAAAGAAUGGAAUUCACAUAAAGCUAUUUAUUUAGUUUUAAAAUUGUGGCGGAACAUAGAAAUAUACAAGUUUUAAUUCAUCGAAAACAAAAGAAAUAUAGUCCAUGGAAUGGAGUCUAAUAGUAACUAUAAAUACGGUAUUAAAUCCACUUUUUCUCAAUGUUUAGCAUUAGUUGGAGCUGGAUUCUUACAAGUCGGAGUCGGCACACAACUGAUUUGUUCAACAGUCAUCAUAGGAGCAUUAUCAAACCGUUCAAAUGAAAAUGAAUGGCUAACUAUGUCCAUUGAACAGAUGUCUUGGUUCGGAAGUCUACUGUAUCUGUGCACGCCUGUGGGCAGCAUAAUCUCGUCGCUGAUGCUGGAUCGACUCGGCCACAAGAACUGCAUGAUAAUCACCAAUAUACCGUACCUGGUGUCUCAGAUCAUGUUUUUCUACGCUGAAAAUGUGGAGACCAUGUACGCGUGUUCGAUAAUUAUGGGUUUGGGCGUGGGCUUCUCGGGCGGCCCGUUUUCCGCGUACAUCGGCGAAGUGUGCGAACCGAAGCUCAGGGGCGCCCUGAUGUCGGCCACGAACGUGUUCUUCUUCUGCGGUUCGCUGCUGUUCACCACCAUUUACGCCAUCACCAGACGUUGGAGGUUGACCGUGCUCAUCAACAUGGCGAUACCGGUCAUAACCAUUGCGAUUUUGUGCGUGAGUCCAGAUUCUCCGAUGUGGUUACUGUCCAAGGGCAAGAAAGAAAAAGCGCAACAGACGCUAGGCAAAUUACGAGGAUGGGUGACACACGAUAAGUGUUCCGCCGAAUUUCAUGAAAUGGUAGUGUUCGUGUCAACAAAUAAAAACUCGUCGAAUAAUAAAAACGGCAAAAAUGAUUCGGACAGUUCUUGGAAACAACUGUUUCAGCCCGAUGUUCUUAGACCUUUUCGAUUAUUGCUGAUAUAUUUCUUUUUUUCAAAUUUAUUAUCUGGAGUUCCAUUUGGACCGUAUCUUGUGGAAGUAUUUUUAACAUUUGGCGCCAACGUUGACGUUCAAUGGACCGUAGCUUUCUCGUUGUGUAUAGCUAUAGUUGGAGGAAUAUUAACUAUUUUCUUGGUGAACAAACUUGGAAAACGAUUCCUCACUUUAACGACGUUAUCAAUUUGUUCUAUUUGUUAUAUAUCGAUUGGGUUGAUUGGUGCUUAUUGGACGGAUUCAAGCCAAAUAAAAUCUUGGUUAUUACUAGUAUUUUUCUUUAUUAGUACGUUCGUAGCAUCGUUCGGCAUAAUGCCUAUUGGAUGGAUACUUCUUACUGAAAUAUUCCCCAUAAAGAGUAGAAACAUAACCUGUAGUAUUUGUUCAACGCUGUCUUUUAUUCUUACUUUUUUCAUGACCAAGUAUUAUCCAAAUGUCGUUGAUUUAGUGGAUUUCUACAAUACAUUUACUAUAUUUGGAUUUGGAGGUUUGAUCGGUUGUGUUUAUUUCUAUUUCUGUCUACCUGAAACUGAAAACAAGACAUUGCAAGAAAUAUCUGAAUUUUUCAAAUAAAUUAAAAAACUUUAAUUUUGAAUAAAAUUAUUCUAUAAGACGACCGUAAUAAUGUAUU